CAGUCCCCGGUGUCCGCGUGCAGGAGUGCGAGUGACUGCAUCAGCGCUGCUGAAGAAUGAGAGCGAUUCUAAAGCACGGAAGUGGAUCGACCAUUUUGAAACCCCGCACCGCUUAGCACAAUGGAUAAGGGCCAAACGAUAAAGCUCUUCGUAGGAAAUCUGGCCCUGGACACCACGCAAGAAGAACUGUCAGCCAUCUUUGAGUCGUAUGGCCAGGUGGUUAGCUGCAGCGUCUUGAGACAGUUUGCUUUCGUACACCUGCAAGGAGAGGGUGCUGCUGAACGUGCCAUCCGGGAGCUCAAUGGCAGAGAGUUCAAAGGACGUAACCUUGUGGUUGAGGAGUCCCGAGGACGCCCGCUCCACUCGACAAAGGUGUUUGUGGGUAAUCUGAGUAGUAUGUGCACCACAGAAGAUCUUCGGGAGCUGUUUCAGACCUUUGGGAAAGUUUUGGAGUGCGAUAAGGUGAAAGGUUAUGCCUUUGUGCACAUGGAGAACAAGGAGGAUGCACUGCAGGCUAUUGAGGCUUUGCAUGGGACCUCCUUCAAAGGACGACCGCUCUCUGUGGAGCUGUCCAAAGUUCAGCCAAGUAAGCAGACUCCAACUGGGAAAAUCCCAUGUGUCAGCUGUGGAAAACAGGGCCAUUAUGCAGGUGAAUGCCCAGCUGGUAAGCCCACCCUGGAGCAGUACCAGAGCCAAGCGGCCGUGUUAGCCGCCGCCGCCGCUGCAGCUGCUGGCCUUCCACUGCAGGUUCAACAGAGUGUCCACAAUUCCGUAUACAACACCUCAACUUUUGACCCCACGUAUGCUGCUUUGACUGGACUUACAGCUGCUGGAGCAAGGGCAGAAGGAGGAACUGCAGUGGCUCCAGCUGUGUAUGGAGCACUAGCUAGUCAAGUGUAUGGAACAGUUUCCAAUCAGCUCUACAGUGGGACAGUUGCAAACUCUGGUGCUGCUGCAGCUGCUGCACAGAUGUAUGGCUCCAUUAACCCAGCUCUCUAUGGGCAAGUGACAAGUGGUGCAGUUGCAGCCGCCGCAGCUGCCGCUGGUGUAUACGGUCCACAAGUUUACACGCACGCUUUAGCAAAUCCAGUGUUCCUAACUGCAGCGCACAGCAUGGAAGCAGCAGCUGCCGUUAACCCAGCUUAUACAGUAGCGCCAGCUCUCUACAGCGCUACCCCAGCUUACGGGGCUCUUGGGGCAGCUGACUCAGCAGCUUUCUUUGAAGCAGCAAGGGCGCACUACUUUGCACAAGGCCAGCAAGUGCUAGCAGAGCAACAGGCGAGCUCAAAGUCUGGAGAAAGGGACCGGAGUCCGCUAAGAAGAUCUGCCCCACUGCUGCCUGAUCCUAUUAUGAAACCAUUUAUGUACCAGAGGGCCAAGCGCAGAGCCUUGUUGCCUACACCUGCAGGUCGAGAGGAAGUCGCCGCACAGGAGGAUGACGCUGUAGCCAGACUCGUAUGAAUCGGAGCCCUGAAAAGAAGCUAAAGGACAUGAGACUGAUCCCAAUCUCACCCCUGUCUCUAUGGAUGGGGUAAGUCUAGGGGCAAUCCCACUCUAUACCCCCCAGCUGCACAUACCAUACCAAGCCCCUUCCCCAGGAGCAGCAAAAUCUUCAACCCAGCUUUUGGUACUUUAUAAUCACACAUAGUCCCCAUGCAGCUUCUUUAACUGGAGUGUGGUACAAUGAUGACUGUCCUUGACAUGCUGUUAUGAUGCAAGCAUAUUGUAAAACUGAUAUGUGUUAGGUGGCACCCACACUGUAAAACCUGUUUGCAUUUCCUUGGUACGUGAUGGGGCUGCAAUUGUAAAUUCAAGAUAUCUCCCACAAGGCUUCGCUCACUUCUGCUUCCAUUGUGCAUGUUUCUUUUUUGUUUUCUUUUCACCCCCAAAAACAAACGUUUUCUGACUGUUCCAACUGAACUAGGUCCCUAUGGAACUGUGGACACCAAACGCAGAGCUGGUUUGGGGGAAGAAAGUUAGCAUCGCGCAAUGCACGGAAAACUCUCUCACUCCAUACAGGUAAACGCACUGUGCCUCGCCCCAUUCUACCUGUCGUCCUUCCCAAUAGCGUUUGCGCCUGACCGUGUAUCCGCUCUAUUUCUCCUCACCACCACCCCACCCCUCUUGUAGAUUCCUCACUUCUCGUCACCACUGCCAUAGCCAAUUGGUUCUCGAAACACCAGUGUUAUGCUACUCUCUGUCACUGCCAAAAAGGGGGGUGGCGGGAGUGACCGUUUACUGCUUCUGUGGUUAGUGUGUCUCGAUAAUGGGUGGGUGCUUGGUGCUCUAAUAACUGAUCUGUUGGUUUAGCUUUGGAGAGAGUGUGGUUAUAAUGUGUCCAUAAGCAAUUGAAUGUGUGGAAUUGCUGGUCAAUGAUUGAAAGACUGUGUAAAAUGAGCGUUAAAACAAGUUAGCAAGGGUGGCUGAUAAAGGUGUGUGACAAAGGUGAGUGAUUGUGAGUCAGUAUCGUCGACCUCAUCUGGCCCCCCCUUCCAUUCCUUUUUUGUUUUUUAUAUGAUUUAACGCUUGCCCCCAGGCUUCCUCGAGUCUACUCGCCGUUAACGUCCAGCUCACCGCCGCCCUCGUCGAAUCCCCAGUGCUAGUUGUUACGUUUGUUCAGUGUUAACCACUGCUUGAACGCAUCCCUGAAAGCUCUGUGACUGGACCGGAGACACUGGCCAAAAUUUUAUUCGCAAGACUCUCAUUUGGACUCAGUGACACUCACAACCCUUAUCAAGCAUUGCUUGACUGUCUUACACUGCUGAGCCGCAACCCAGCAAAGCAUUCUUAUUAUAAACUUCUGCUUUUGUUUCCAAGAUUGACAACAAUUCUUGAGUGGAAGCUUAGGCAUAGUCAUCCCAAAUAGUUACCAAAUUUAUUUGGUUUCUGUUUGUCAGAUUAAAAGACAUUCUACUUUAAGUUAAUCUGAAAGCUACCUUGUGUUACCUGUUUAAAUGAGAGUCUGUUACGAUAUUUGUGUUUGCAAUAGCUGAGUGUACGAUAAGUAGGUGGCACAGAUUUAGAUCGCCUACCUGGUUAAAUUAAAUACCCAGUAGAAGAAUGUCCUAGAAACCAAGCAGCUUCAACUGGGAAAAAAUAAGACUGCUGAACCUGAGCUGCCUGAGGGAUACUUAACAGGACCUUUCCUCCAGAGGGAGCAUGGUAGUGAAGUGUGAUUUAUUUCACUAGAAGGUGCUGUUGUUCUUGAUUCUACUUGCUUUUUCUGAUGAUGAUGUAGCAUCUUCACAUACGUUGUCACACAUCUGAAUUUCUUCUUGUCUGUAGUGUUUGUUUAACUUUGCCUGUAGAAUUGAGGGGGAAAGAUGAGAUGACCUCAGUUUUAGAUCUUAUUCUGGAGGAAAGGGAACUGUCCAGUAGCUGGUACUCCCAAUGUUAGUGGUAUUAAAAUCUUUGGCUUGCAGAUAUUUGUGCUUGACAUAUUUCCGUGAUGUCCGUAGCAUCCGUUGAUGAUGAAAGAUGUCUGCGGCAGAUAGAUAUCAGAGGUGUUUGAGAAGAACCUUCCAUACAGAAUCUUGGUUCAUAAACAAAUCACUUACCUUCUUCUCCAACUUGCUCUUCCAGCUGAAGUCUCUUUGAAUCUAGAUGGUACGCUCCAAAAUUUUCAAUGGAUAACCGAAUUCUUUUUCUGUCUACUUCCUCCCUAGAUAUCGUCAAACUUUCUGUUUAAAUUGGACAAUAACAAUAACACAACCUCUAGUGUUUGUAUCCAAUUAUAUUUAGAAAACUGUAGUAUUUUCUUUUUUAAUUUUUCUUUUUUUUUUUUUACUUUGAUUGUUUAUAUGGAUAUCCCCUACUGAGUGAAAAGGCUACUCCAGUACUUUUGAAAGAUAAAGUGAUUAAUUUUUAUAAUUCAUGUAUGAAACAUGAAUAAUUUCUAUUGCAGGUGACAGGAUUUGAGCUGGUUGUAAUGUUUUUAUCACCUUCUAAUGAAUAUAUGCAUGCUUUGUUAAUGUGUGUAUAUUGCAAAAACCUUGC